AUGAAGCCCCCCCUCCCCCCCCGACCCGCUCCGACCCAGCAGGAGGACAGGGGACUGCUGGACGCCCGGAUGCCCUCACCAUUCCUCUGGAACAUUAACCACCACGGAUUCAUCAAGGUGAACCUGACAGAAUUCUUCUUUGUCUCCGAGAUGUUUUGGGGCUCCAUCCUAAGACAGCAAACUUAUUUUCUCCUCGUGAAGCUCUCAUGGGGGGGGGGUGUGGUGCUGGUUUGGAGGAGUCCCUCAGGCCCCCGGCUGCCAGCACCUCUGACCUGGAAGCACCCUGGAGCCCCACACGGCUCCGGUGAGGCUCCCUGUGGCUGGUGGGCUCCUGGCCUUCAGUCCCAGCCUGCUGCAGACCGACUGUUCCAGGACCUGUUCCAGGACCUGUUCCAGGACUUGUUCCAGGACGCGUUCCUCUCACUCUCACAUGCAGUUCUCACCUGCUGUAAAGAUGUCCUGUGGCUUCACUCUGUCCCUCAUGCCUCACAGCUGGGCCUGAUCCUGGCCCUGAUCCUGGGCCUGGGUCUGGCCCUGGGCCGGGACCUGGCCCUGGGCCUGAUCCUGGGCCUGGGUCUGAUCCUGGGCCUGGGCCUGAUCCUGCGCCCGAUCCUGAUCCUGGGCCUGGGCCUGAUUCUGAUCCUGAUUCUGGCCCUGGCCCUGGGCCUGAUCCAGCUCCAACAUGCCUCCAGUGCGGGUCUGGGCUCCGGGGGGGCCCAGCCCGGCCCAGAGCGCUCAAAGUUCUGUUCUGUGGUUAAAGAGGAAAAGCCCGUUUUCCUGUGGGGUCCAUCUCUAGCAGAAAGCCCCCAGUCCCCGUCUGGGAUGAAAACCUGCUCCAUCCAGCUGAGAGGCUUCCCCAGCAGGGAGGGGGCAGCGGAGCCCCGGUCAGCAGGCGCCCUCAGUCUGGACAGCAGCUCAGUCCGAGUCCCAGAGGGACACUAA